AUGUCGAACGCGGCUGCACAAGAGCAGCACGGCCAAGAAAAAGCGCCUGCAAGCAUCGACAGGUCGACCGAAGACACAUCGAGUGGCGCAGGAGGCGCCAGAAAGAAGCCCGAGGCCGACCAGUACACCGAUACGCGGUUGAGUACGAAUGAUGGAAAAGUCGCCGAUGGGACUCUGGACGACGUUAAGACACAUACAGGGUCCCUCGACCUCCAAGACAUCGGUCAUCACGUCACGACUAAGGGCCUUGCACUCACCCUGGACCAACUCCCAGAGCCGAACUACCUCGGCGGAACGGACAGCUCCAAGGUGUGGGCGAGACUGAAGAUGUACUCUUCGAAGCCAGAUGAGGUUGAGUUGGUCUACUGCAGCUUCCUCUUCAAUACAAGCCAGGCAGCAUAUGAUCCAUCCCGACUAACGAUCAGCAUUUAUCCCUUCAGUGUUCUCGCAAAGGACAAGGAGAAUCUGAUUGUGCUCGUACGCUAUGUGUUCAGUGAGGCUGCUAGAGACGGCGAUAUUGGAGAAGCCAUCGAGAAGGCAGGAGACGUGGACAAAUUGCUGAACAUCCAUCCACCCAGCAAGCUCCUCCAAGGCUUCUCGUACAUGGAGAGUCCUCCUAUCUCAAAAGCUACCAAGAGCGCAGAGGUGUCCGACCCGUCCGAAGCAGAGAUCGAAGUGUAUCGACCGCGAGACACCCCAUCCGAGCGCCAGAUCUUCGUACCGAACAAAACAAACCCAAAGAAAGCGGCCAAGUCCAAGGUACAGCAGAAGUCGAAAGCGCUGCCCAUGGCAGUAGUCGAGAAGAAUACACCGGUUCAAGAUUCAGCGACUGGGGCACAUGACGGAACCGAAACCAAAGCCAAAGUCAAAGUCGAUGACAGCGACGAUCUUGAAGACGAGCGAAAGGAGAUCGAGGAAGAGCGGGCGGAGAUCUCAAAGCGUCGGGCUGACAGAGAGCGAGAAGAGAUGGAAGAUGCAAAGCAGAUGAAGGAUGUCGAGACACGCAGGAAGAAAGUUGAGAGGGAAGAGACCAAGCUCCUGAAGGGCAAGAUAGCCACGUGGUUGCUGGCUUAUCAGCGACAACACAAGAAAGUUUGA